UGGUAUAUUUCUUGACUGAAAGCACUCCUUUACAGCAUAUAGUAUGGCUAAACAAGGUCUACGCAGCGGUAACUUACGAAUGUAAAAUACCUCCCUGAAUACUGGGCUGUAGAUUUGACGGGACUUGCCAUCGCGAAACUUCGAAUUACCCUGUUAAGUCAACCUUUCAGAAGGAAGCAUUCGUGCCCAAAGAAUGGAAAUCCCAUAUAUUUUUCGAUGAGAAUAUUUACAUGUCACCGGUUUCACCAGAUUUACGCAGACCAUAUAUUCAUCCACCGGAUAUGCGAACAAGUUACGCGUGUGUCAGGUGCCGCCGGCAAAAGCUGAAGUGUGAUGCGGAGAAGCCUUGUUUGCUCUGCCGCAGGGUAGGUGUUGAGUGUGAACCAAGAAGCAGCGCUCGCAGAUCAACUGGUUUAUCUAAAGCACCCACGUCCAGGAGUUCAAGGAAAUCAUCCGCUACACAAUCCUGUCAUUUAGAGCCAAAUGCGAAUCCCACUGGGCAGACUCAUCAUGGGCGUGUAGAAACAUAUUCUGUGUUCAACCUUAGCACUCCCCCAGCUAGUGCAUAUAGCGAAUCAAUCACACAUCGAACCCAAGUCCAGGAUGAGCCAGAAAAUCACGAAUUCGGCGCCAAUAAUUCCUCUAUUGGUUUCGCCAAAAACCUCUAUGGUAAAGAGGCAAGCAAUAACCCAAAAUGUGCGGCAUCCAUCCCCACAGAAUCUCGUAUUAACCAGUCAAGUUCGCGCACGUGGACUCUACAUGGCAUAAAUAUGCCGGAUGUAGAUCUUAUGCAGAGUCUAAUUGACGAAUAUUUUCGAAGAACGCAUUGGUUCAUCUUCGUGUUCCAUGAGCCAACUCUUAGAAACCAAGCAAAAGAUAUCAUGGCGAAGUCGUCGUGGGCGACACAUGAGCGCGGCACUGUGUUGACUACACUCAUGGUUGCUGCUAUGGCUCUUCAAGCUGUCUCGAAUGACGAGGGAUGGCCAAAACAUGCUACGUUGAGGCAAAAAGGCUUGGACUGUACUACUUUGAUUGAUCAACUCGUCACAGAGGUUCGAUACCACCUCCUAGAUCUCUUGGAGGACGGUCGUAUCGAAGCAGUUCAAGUAUGCAUUCUCCUUGGAACUUUCUAUAUCUUCCACGGCAAUCCAAAAUCCGCCUGGUCUGUCCUGGGCAUGGCGACUAGGGCAGGAUAUGCACUUGGUCUUCACUCACAAAAUCCGGGUUCGUCGGAUCCAGUCCGGACUCAAAUACGUCGAAGAUGCUGGAAUCACUUGAAAGUCGCAGAUACGUAUGCAUCUAUGAUAUUUGGCAGACCGACAUCACUCGACCCUGCGUUCGGAUCUAUGCAACCACUUGAAGACAUAGAUGACACAAUAAUAUCCACCAAGGAUCUGAGCAUAUCGGUCGAUGCACCUUCACUAUCUCGACUUGCGUUCUACAGGCUUAAAUACCGUAUGUACGAAAUUAUAGCCGAGAUUCUGAGUCGCUUCCGUUUGCUCCAGAUCCGCUCCUCGCCCAAUUCUAGCGACUGGACGUCCUUGCUACAGAUAAUUCAUGAAAUAACGGAGAAACUUGACGUGUGGAGGUCGAGCAUUCCACUUCAUCUUCAGUAUGAACACUGGAAAGACAUGGGUGUCGAUGGCACUGAUCCGCACAAACUCGCAGAUGAUGCAAGCCGAUCUCUUUUCAUGCAGGCCAUGGCAGUUCAAUAUCUUUACGACUCAACCGUAAUUUUGCUGCAUCGACCCGUACUGGAGAACACCAUCUCGACGUUUCAGAGUUCAGAAACGCCAAAGAGCACCCAGACAGGAGAGCCUUUCAAGACCUCGCUAUCCGUCUCUGUUUCUGCAGCGCUUCGAAUAUCACAUGCUCCUAUUGAGGUUCUGACGCACCAAACAAUCAUUUCAUAUGCAUUGAUGCACCUCUUCACUGCGGGUGUCAUUCUCUGUAUACCCCCUCACACAUCGCCUUUGAACACCGUUGCGCAAACCUGCAAGAGUGCGGUUGUGCGCAUCAUCAUUUGCUGCAGAAAGUUGCGCGAUCACAGCCCUGUUGCCGGUUUAACACAGCAAUUAUUAAGUGACCUUCUGCGGAUCACAAUUCAGCGAGAGAUGGACGCUGCGUUGCUAGACGAGGGUCGAAAUGCUGAGUUGAGCGACGUUCCGGCAGCCACAACCUAUGAGCGACGAAACAAUGGUGACCAAAUGACUCCGAUUUAUGAUAUAGCGGCUCGAGAGGUUCCGACAUCAUCAUCAUCAAGCGGCCUCAUGAAUGGAUAUUCCGCUUCUGGUCUUGGGAGCGAUACGUCCGGCUACUGGGCAUCGUCAAACACGCCCAUCACUCCCCAACAAUCCAGUCCGGAUGAAAGAAGCAUCGCGGAAAUCAGCGCAUCCAUCGACGGCAAUAGAUAUGAUCCAGACUCCUCCCUUAGAUCGCUCUAUUAUAAUGACUGGCUAGAUCCGCCGCAUGAAGUUCGUGCAGUCGGCCCAGCUGAAUUCAUGUGGCCAUUCCAGGCAUUUGGAAACGCUAUGUUCGGGCUUGGCACGGAACCGCAGUUGCCACUUUGAAAACUUGAGGCUCACAGAGCAAUGGCUGGUAGACUGUAUGUCUAAAACAGUGCCUUAGUUUCAUUCGCUGUUGCAUCUUCCUAUACAUGAUGGAGAGAUAUAAGUUAUUAGGCGAUGAUGCUGUACAUGGGAAGGAGAAGAUGGACGGCGAAGCAUGAACCCAAGGUGGGAGCGAUGACGACCAAUAGGAAUCGAGCUGAAAGAAUGGGACGAUUACCUAGAAAGGCUAGUCCCAGACUGGCUACCACACGAUCCUUGUCGUUGACCUCAUCUCGUGUACAAUUGGAC